AUGCGCCCAUUGGCCGCCCGUCCUGUUAUGGGACUUGCUCUGCGUGGAUACGCUUCUCAAGUCGACCCCAAGACCAAGGCUCAGGCUAUUAUUGAUGCUCUUCCCGGCAGCAACCUGAUUUCCAAGACCGGAAUCCUUGCCACUUCUUCAGCCGCUGCUAUCUAUGCUGUUUCCAACAGUUUAUACGUUGUCAACGCCGAGACCUGUUUGUUGGUUGUUUUCGGAGCUUUCUUGUACGUCAUGUCCAAGACUGCUGCUCCUGCUUACAAGGACUGGGCCGAGGGACACAUCAGCACCAUUCGUGGAGCUCUUGACAAGGCUCGUGAAGGCCACGUUGUUGCUGUUAAGGAGAGAAUCGAGUCAGUCAACCAACUCAAGGACGUUGUUGCCACUACCAAGGACCUUUUCGCUCUUUCCAAGGAGACAGUCGAGCUCGAGGCCAAGGCUUUUGAGGCCAAGCAAAAGGUCGAGUUUGCCCACGAGGCCAAGAGCGUUUUGGACUCCUGGGUCAGAUACGAGGGUCAAGUGCGUCAACGCGAGCAAAAGGAGCUUGCUGAGGCCGUCAUUGCCAAGAUCGAGAAGGAGGUUUCUACCAAGAAGUUCCAACAAUCGGUGCUCAACCAAGCCGUUGCCGACAUCGAGCAACUGUUCGCCAAGAAGGCCUAA